CUUUUUCUUCGCAUUAUUUAAUAAAUUUAAUUUUGAACCGCCUCUUCCCCCAAAUUCAAAAAAUUCACUUCUCCUUCUUCUCUUCUCUCUUUCACGCAUCUCUCCAAUUCUUGAUCUAUUAAAUAAAAUAAUUGCACCUUUAAUCGCCUUAUUUCCUAUUCGAUCUGAUAUUAAUCUCCGUCGGGAAAAUGGGUGAUUCUGAGAAGCAAGGCGACUUCGAUAUCAAAGGGCUGAGCCUCAUCGACGUUUCGUCCGAAGACGAUUGCCUCAUCAAUUCGCCUCUCUGCGAACCCAUAAACCCUCAAUCCUCAGGGAAGGGGAGUGGAACCAAAAGUGUUAGAUUCGCUAUGGAUCCCGACAGUGUAGAAAUCUCAUUAGGCUCCCUUGAAGAAAAUGGAAAGUUAGAGGAACCACCGGAUUCUUUGGAGCAAGACAAGACGAGUAAGAAUGGAAAAUAUAAUUUACGCAAAAGUUUAGCAUGGGAUAGUGCUUUCUUCACAAGUGCAGGUGUUCUUGAUCCAGAGGAGUUGUCUAGCAUGAUUGGAGGCAAUGAGAAAGGUGAAAUACACACAUUACCUGGGAUUCGAGAGGAUGUAAACAAAUCUUGUGAUUCGUUAACAACAUUGGAUAGUGAAACUUUGACAUUGGAAAGUCUUGAGGCUGAUUUAUUUGAAGAUAUAAGAGCGUCAAUCCAGAAAUCUAACAAAGCAUCCAACAUUGCAAAUUCAAGUGGCAAAAAGGAAUCGAAAACAGCAGAUACUCCAACUGCGUCACAUUCAAAGAAGGUAGAGUUGGCUACUCAAGAAAAGAUGAAGCAGAAAGCUGCUUCAAAAAAGCAAAACAUUUGUGUGAAAGACCCUGGGAAAACAAUGAAGCAGGUUUCUGUCCGUCCACAAAUUUCUCAGGUUAAAUUGACUUACACAGCAACAUUCUCAGAAAGCUAUACUUUUGUUGCUAGAAGUGGAGAGCCAACUUCAUCACUUCAUAAGCCACCAAAGGCACUAAGCAGGGUUGGUCCCCUUUCAACAACACCAAGCAAAAGGGUUUCCUUGGGUUCUAAGAAUGUCAAAAUGGAAAAGGAUGCCAAAAGUGUGACUGGUAGAGGGACUACAGUUUCAAAGACUCCUGCUUUGGGUGGUUUAAGAAAUAUUGUGCCUAGGCCUACAUUAUCUUCCAAGUCUUCUUCAUGUUCUCCAGUCUCAAUUAAAACAGAGCUGACAACUUCUUGUUCCUCACUUGAGAGCUGUGCCAGUGCUUCAUCUGGCAGAAUUACGAAAUCUUCCUUGAAUUCAAUUAAACAAACAAACGACUCCAGAAUAGUUAGUCCAUCUUCCUCUGGUUGCAAUAUCAGCACCCCAUCGAAAAUUGCAUCAAAAGGUAAAAAUCAAGCAGGAAGUUCAAGGCUCUCAACUUUUUCGAAGUCUUCUACCAAGCUAUCUUCCAGUAUAUCUCCUGCUAGCUCUAUCAGUGAUUGGUCCUCAGAGUCAUCAUCAUCAACCUCUACUGUUAAUCAAAGGUCUAAUUUUGUAAGACCUAGCCUUGGCACUGGCUCUUGCAAAAGACUUGGUACAAAUAGGGAUGCCCACCAAGUUUUGGAUUCUCAAGACCAUCCUACUGGUCACUGCUCAAUGGGAGAUGGUGCUGAGGUUACUGGCUCACUUGAAGAAAGUGUAAACAUAGUUUCAGCUGGAACUAGUGGGCUUCUUCAUCCAGCUUCCAUGAAACCCUCCGGCCUUCGAAUGCCAUCACCAAAACUUGGCUUUUUUGAUGGGGUUAGAUCAUCAGGACGCACUCCAAAUGGGAGUAUGCUGUCUCAUCCUGGUGUACCUAAUGGCUUGCCUAAAAUUGGAGCUAAAAGCACUAGUCCAAGUGGGAGCUUAAACAAGGCAAAGAUUGGAAAGCUUCAACCUGUUAGAACUCUUACUGCAAUCCGGAGCCCCAAGGUUGAUGUUAAGCAAACUUCCUCUGCUGUGAAAUCUAGAUCUUCCUUGACUAUUCAAAAAUCUCCAAAUGCUGCAGCAAAGGUAUCAAGUGCUUUUAGAAACCCUAAAAGCAGCCCUGGCAUAUCUCCAAAAUUUCAGAAUAAGUCAUCUCCCAAAACUGGUAGAGAAAGUUACUCUAAGGCUCAGGGCCUGGGAGGCAAGGAUGGAGGUCGCAUAAAGGAUACCAAGAUUGUUCCUCUUGAUGGAGUACCUGAAACCACUGAUAAUUUAUCUUCCAAAUAUGAUGAUCAGAACACAAUCCCAUUGAAAGUAGCUGCUGAAAAUGAAACAUACAGCCAUUUAUAUCUGAAGACUGAUACACUUAUCCUUUACAACACCAAAAAAAAGGAAGAAGCUCAUAUUGAAGAUCAAAUUGCUGGCACCGCAGAAGGGUAUUUAUCUUCAGACACUCAGAAAGAACCCAAUGCUGAUUCUCAUCUUGCUCAUGGUGACAAGAAGGUUGAGAACUGUUUGUCAAAAUCCAUUCGCACUUCUCCUUCCCCUAUGACUUCUGAAAUUACUGCCGGCUCAAGGAGACCUUUCUCAGUCAAGGAUUCUUUUUACAAUAUGGAUGCUCAUACACCACUGGCAGUUACACCAGGAUCAGCAGUGGAGGUGGACAAGACAGCCACAUUACAGUUUCCAGAGAGCAUUUCACCGGAGAACAGCUAAGACAAGUGCAACACUCAAGUAGCAGAUUUUUUAAGGUACCUUGAUACGGUACCGCCUCUCAAUUAUUCUUAUUGGGAGUUUUUAGAUACAACAUCGCCUUGUAGAUUCUGUACUACUCUGUAAGCUCAGUGGAAUUUUUACUUAUAUCGAGUAAUGAGUAAUCCAGAUUUGAUUUUCACCAA